GUCGGUAAAUACACCGUCACAUUUCUUCUGAACAGAUCACCAAAUCAUCAGUCAUCUCACAUCUGCACGUAUUUUGGAAGAAAGAUAAAUCUUACACUAAAAAAUUUACAUGUUCUCAAAUCAAUAUUCUCGAUCGACAUUAAUGGCGGAUUCUCACUGAUUAAGCUGAAGAGAGAGAAAGCGAUAGAGAGAGAUAGAGGUAGACGACGAUGAUGGAUGUAGAAAGAUCAUCGCUGUGCAAUUGUGUGGUGAACUUCUUGUUAGAAGAGAACUACUUGUUGACAGCUUUCGAGCUUCUUCACGAGCUUCUUGAUGAUGGCAGAGAUGCUCUCGCUAUUCGCCUUAAGGAGUUCUUCGCUGAUCCUUCUCAAUUUCCUCCUGAUCAAAUCUCUCGCUUCAAUUCUCUUCGAGUUGCGGACCCUCAAACCUUGCUGGAAGAGAAACAAGCGCUACAAGAAAGAUUGGCACUGUGCGAGUAUGAACUUCGCUUAGCUCAAGAAGAUGUUUCAAAAGUGAAAGAAGAAUUGCAAAAGAAAACAGAACUGCCGUUGCUUGAAACGAACAUUUGCACUGGGCUUGGGACGUCUGCAGGUACUUAUGGAAAUGUUUCCUUGGACCCCCCUUGUGGUAUAAGAAGACAGAAAAAAGACACCACAUUGUCGAACUUGGGUCCUGUGAAGGAUAUUGAAAGACAAGAUCUGAACUGUGCUGUGAAAGAAUACUUACUAUUGGCAGGGUAUCGUCUGACUGCGAUGACAUUUUAUGAAGAGGUGACAGACCAAAAUCUGGAUGCUUGGCCUAACUCAGCUGCAUGUGUGCCAGAUGCUUUACGUCAUUAUUAUUACCAGUAUCUUUCGUCUACUGAAGAGGCAGCUGAGGAGAAAAUUGCCAUGCUUAGGGAGAAAGAGUCCUUGUUGAAGGAAAAUGAGGAACUGCACAAUGAGAAGGAUUGCUUGCUGAGGAACAAAGAAGUAGUUGAUGGUCAAAUAACAGCUUUAUCAAGAUCUAUAGAUAGCUUACAGAAGGAUGUGAAGGAGAAGGAAAUUUUGGUUCAACAGAUGAAGCAAUUGGCUGAGAACCAAAGAAAGGAACUUAACGAUUGCAGAUCUGAGAUAACUUCACUUAAAAUGCACAUUGAAAAUUUCCUAUCUGGAAGAGUUCAGUCGGCGAUUUACACUGAUCAAACUCAGUCACUUUCCUCGGGAAGCCUCAUGAAAGACUUUGAUUCCAUAACGGUGGAGGCAGGAGAUGCAAACACCUCCAUUACCAGUAACAUUGCUGAUUCUACUAUUUCCGAGGAGGUUGUGCAGAAAGAGGUCAAUGCUGAAAUUUCUCAAGAUGGACCAGCGUUAUCUAUUCCACUCCAUAGGGAAUCCGAUGUUGAGGUUCAGAAAAAUGAAAAUGCACAGUCCCAUACAGCUGAGAUGCUCAAUGGCGAAGUGAAUGAAGCCUCAGAAAACUUGCCUGAGUCAGUACUCAGUAAUGUCCAUGAAGAUGGUAGUAAUGGAAACCAGACAGAUGCUGACAUUCUUGGGGAUAAACAUCAGGUUCUCGAUAGCAGCCGUUUCCUAAAAGCAGAGAACACAAAUAUAGCACCCGCUUCAGACAAGAUGGGUUUGGAGACAAUCCAGAUUCUCUCGGAUGCGCUUCCUAAAAUUGUUCCUUGUGUUCUUAUAAAAAAUCGAGAGGAGCUUCUCCCCUUGAUAAUGUGUGCAAUCGAGCGCCAUCCUGAUAGUACAACACGUGACUCUUUGACCCAUCUACUGUUUAAUUUAAUUAAACGUCCAGAUGAGCAACAAAGAAGAAUAAUAAUGAAUGCUUGUGUUAAUCUCGCUAAGAAUGUUGGAGAGAUGAGAACAGAGACAGAAUUGCUUCCCCAAUGCUGGGAACAGAUCAAUCACAUGCAUGAGGAGCGUAGGCUGCUUGUUGCUCAAUCAUGUGGAGAGCUUGCAGGAUUUGUUCGCCCUGAGAUCCGUGAUUCUCUGAUUCUAUCUAUUGUGCAACAAUUGAUAGAGGACUCUGCAACUGUUGUUCGUGAAGCUGCCGCUCAUAAUCUGGCAUUGUUGCUUCCGCUCUUUCCCGAUAUGGAGAAAUAUUUCAAGGUGGAGGAACUCGUGUUCCAAUUAGUCUGGGAUCCGGCUGGAGCAGUUGUGGAUGCUGCACUAAAAAAUUUGGUUCCUGCUUUGGUCAAAUGGGGAAACAAGUUGGAUCACGUAUUGAGUUUGUUGCUCUCACAUAUCUUGAACUAUGCCCAGCGCUGCCCACCACUUUCAGGGGUUGAAGGUUCUCUUGAGUCGCAUUUACGGGUUUUAGGUGAACGUGAGCGUUGGAGCAUAGAUGUUCUACUAAGAAUGUUGUCACAAUUGCUUCCAUAUGUGAACCACAAAGCAGUUGAGACUUGCCCAUUUUCUGCUGCUUCAGAAUCAGCGGGGACAAUUUUUUCCAAAUCUCUGCUGCAACUAUAUGCUAGGGGACAAGUGGAAUGGUCUGCAUUUGAGUGGAUGCACAAGGAGUGUCUUCCAAGUUUGAUUCAGCUUGCCUGCUUUUUACCCCAAAAGGAAGAUAAUCUAAGAAAUCGGAUCACGAAGUUCCUGUUAGCUGUAUCUGAACAAUAUGGAGAUUGUUACCUGACUCACAUAAUGCUGCCGAUAUUCUUGAUAUCGAUUGGUGACAAUGCUGAUCUUACAUACUUUCCGACAACUGUUCAAUCGAAGAUUGAAGGUCUGAAACCUAACAUCUCAGUGAUGGAGAGACUUGCUACCAUGUGUGUCAUGCCACUGUUAUUGGCUGGUGUUCUAGGUGCUCCUAGCAAGCGUGAGCAAUUGGCAGAAUAUCUGCAAAAGCUCUUAGUUCAAGAUACUUCAAAUGAACCUCAGAGAUGCCAUGCUGAAAUAGUUAAUGCUGUCCGCUUUCUCUGCACGUUCUCGGAGCACCAUAGCAUGAUAUUCAAUAUAUUAUGGGAGAUGGUUGUUAGUUCCAACAUAGAUAUGAAAAUCAGUGCUGCGAAUCUCCUGCGAGUCUUGGUUCCAUAUAUUGAUUCAAAACUGGUCUCUACUCAUCUGCUGCCGGCCCUUGUCACACUGGGUUCUGACCAAAACCUGAGUGUUAAGUAUGCCAGCAUAGAUGCAUUUGGGUCUGUAGCUCAGCAUUUUAAGAAUGAUAUGAUUGCCGACAAAAUAUGCAUACAAAUGGAUACUUUCUUGGAGGAUGGAUCUCAAGAAGCAACCAUCGCUGUGGUCCGUGCAUUAGUGAUUGCUGUACCACAUACGACAGAUAAACUUAGAGAUUAUCUUCUGUCUAAGAUACUCCAUUUCACAGCAUCACCUACUCCUACAAGUGAUGUCAUGCGUCGUCGUGAAAGAGCCGAUGCUUUUUGCGAGGCAAUUCGUGCUCUAGAUGCUACAGAUCUUUCUGCUGCAAGUAUCAGGGACUUCCUUUUACCUGCUAUUCAGAACCUACUCAAGGACCAUGAUUCACUUGAUCCUGCGCACAAGGAGGCAUUAGAAAUCAUAAUGAAGGAAAGAUCCGGUGGGACCUUCGACGCCAUCAGUAAGGCAAUGGGUGCUCAUCUUGGAAUUGCUUCAUCAGUUACCAGCCUAUUUGGUGAAGGUGGAUUGCUCGGCAAGAAAGAAGCUCUAGAUUCUGCUGCGGAACUAAGUGAACCCCCUCAGCCAGCGCCACCUCCAGCGGCAGAAGACACGAGAUUCAAACGCAUCAUGAGGGGCAAUUUCACUGACAUGCUUCGGGGUAAAUCCAAGAUUCAGGACGAGAAUGUGCCAUCUCAAUGAUGUUAUGGAUACAUUGUGCAACAGCUUCAUGUUCGAGGUGACGUGCUUUCUGAUGCCUUAUAAAGCUUUUCUUGCCAUCAUUUUUUUUUCUUAGUAUUGUUCGUACUCUUGAUUUAUAUGUAAAUUUUUCUUAUGAAAGAUUUAGCACAUGCAAUUGAUAGAAUAGGAGUAUAUCUUCUUCUUUUCCCUAUUUUUGUUUAUCUUUUGGUUAAUAUUAGGAGUGUAUCAUUUGCAGAAAUAUGAUCUUACAGUUUUGCAGCA